AUGAUGGCCCAAUUACAACUAACGCAAAAGGCAUUAAAACAAGAUACACCAUGUGCCAACAGCAAAAGGUUUCUACAAUCUUUAAUCAGUUGUAAUGUCACCUUAGAUCCAUUCAGCAAUGAGUUGGAAAAUAACAAUUUUGAACAAGAUUUAUUAGACACUGAUGAUUUGAUAAAUAAUUUUGAUUUAAUAAGUUCAUUCAAAGAUUGGGCAUUGUCUAUUUUAACCAAAUGUGAGACUCAAAUUAUUGGUAUCGAAGGAGAAUUUGACAAUGCACAAUACAUUCCAGAAUUAGUACCUCUUGUGGUUAACUCUAUGAAACUUUUCCCAUGCUGGUCUAGUAUAAUGGUUGGAAUAUUUGGUUAUGGUGAAAAAACUGCAUCAAGCAGUAGAAUUGAAAGUAACUUAAAAAAAUAG